AACGAGCAUCUUGAAAUUAAUCUCAAACUUAAUCACGUAAGAAGCUGGGGUGAUAGACGAAUUGAGUGAUUUGUGUUUCUCGGACUCGGGAUUUGAUGUAUUCACCGAGACGACACCAAAGAGUCAAAUUGUAGGAACAACAAACGCUAUGUUUCUCCACUACAUUCAAAGAUAUGACGCCCCUACAAACUCUCAAAGAUCCCCGCGCCCACCCAGGAACUCUUAGAACAAAUUGAUACACAAUCUCUCGAACAGCAACAUUUCAUUAAGUGAAAAUUGAAAAUAAAUGAAAGAAAAUCAUAGAAUGCUUGGCUCGUUUGUUUCAUUAUUUUUUUCAUGAACGCACGUGUGCAGUUGGCGUCGCCGUUGGUUGCCAUGGUGAUACAAUGUUUGGUCAGCGCCAAGACCCUCCGGCCUUUUCAAUCGGCGGAGUGUUUUCCACGGUUUUUGCCGCAGUACAUAGAGUGUGUUCCCUCACAAUACGCACAAGGAUGCAAACUCCGAAUUGAAUGGCAGAACUACACGUAAUCGGCGAGCUACGUACGGCGGUGGACUUUGAAGAACCCAACCUCUUUUGCCGGUGGAGCGUACAGUUUGGUUCCUCCUGGAAGGUGAUCGAAGGAUACGCAGAAGGACAAUCCUGUUGCAGUACGGCACGUAUCGAGCAGCGAUCGGACUUUUGCACUCCCAUCGAUCUGCAUUUGGCGUGCCGUGGAAUCCAAGGUUGGCCCAAAUUGCACGUGGAAGUGUUCGCCGUGAACGCGCUCCAGCAAUACUGGCCGGUAGGAUACGGUUUCGCCUUCGUCCCGACCUGUCCAGGACACCAUCGUGUGCAAAUUGCUACUUGGAAGGUAUCGUCGCCGCGGUUGGCCGACACGUUACGGGAACGAUUCCAUACGGGAGGAUUUUCGUUGGCCAAGAGCGACAUCGCGUUCUCCGGUAUCGAACGGUACAAGCUGCUCACCAAAACGUCCGGGACGGUCGAGCUGGAAUUGAUGCUGAUUUUCAAAAACUUCGUCGAGUAUGGGGUC